AUGAUUAUAAUUGCGGAAGCAUUGAAUAUCGACGAUUUUAUGCCCUAUGGCUCUAUAAUAUCUCCCGAUGAAGAGAUUUCAAAACUAGAUGAUUCAGGUAGGAAUGCGAAUCAAGGUACUGCAGUGAAGAUAUCCCAGGUUAGUAAGGUUCAAAACCUAUUUCCAACCACUAAAAAUAUUCGAGAGCCUAAUUGGAAUUUAUUUCGAUGUUUUCCAAACGAAGCAUUGAAUAGGCAGUUUGUAACCGAAUCGACUACGAAUACAGUUACCUUUUCACUGAAAGUUUUGGAAAACCAUCCAUAUAGUUCCCAGACAUUCGUGCCAAUGGGAAGACGCUCCUCUGAGCUUUGCUAUCUGGUAAUAGUGGCUCUCAGUGAUCCGUCAAGCGAACCAGACCUGAGCACUUUAAAGGCGUUUAUCUGCAGAGGCACCCAGGCCGUCACAUAUGGCCCUGGGGUAUGGCACGCGCCAAUGAUAGUGCUUGGAGAACCUGCUUAUUUAGAUUUUACAGUACUAAUUCAUGAAGCAUUAGAUGCAGCUAGUCCUGAAUUGGAUUGUAUUGAACGAGUCUAUCCCCGUGAUUUACAUAAAGUUCUGUUGUAUUGUCCAUAG